CCGAGGGGGCCGGGCGGGCGCGAGCGAGGGCAGGGCAGGGGGCCGGCCGUGGCCACUCGCCGCUUUAAAUAUGGAUCGCGGGCUCGCGCUCGCCGCACAGCUUCGGCCGCCUAGCCCAUCCCCGAGCCCGGCCUCGGCUGCAGCGUCGGUUCCCGGCAGCCACACAGAGAGCCGGGCGCACACGCGGGAACUGCGGGAGGCAGAGUAGAGCGGAGCCGCCCCGCCGCCGCCGUCCCCUCCCCGAGGCCAGCACCUCUGCUCCGCGUCGCCGAUCCCUCCCCGCGGGGCCGACCCUCCCGCGGCCACCCUCGCCCCUCGGCCGCCUCCCCGACGCACAGUGCGCAGCCACCCACCCGGCGCCAAAGUUGCGACCGCUGCCCCGCGCGCUCUGCGACCGGCCGCGCCAACUUCCCAGCCCACGCCGCCCGGGUCCCCGCGCUCCCCCGCCUCCCAGCCCCGGCGGCGCGCGGGGCAGAGCUUAGGUGGCGGCGGCGGCCGAGGUGGCGGCGAAAGCGGCGGCGGCGGCAGCGGCGGCGGCGGCCGCUGCAGCCUCACACUCGGUCGCCAAGCUGGAGGAGCGACGGAAGCCCGACCCCAGGAGGAUGGAGGAUGAAGCUGUCCUGGACAGAGGGGCUUCCUUCCUUAAACAUGUGUGUGAUGAAGAAGAAGUAGAAGGUCACCACACGAUCUACAUUGGGGUCCAUGUGCCCAAGAGCUACCGGAGAAGGAGACGCCACAAGAGGAAGGCUGGGCACAAGGAAAAGAAGGAAAAGGAGAGAAUCUCCGAGAACUACUCCGACAAAUCUGAUGUGGAGAAUGCGGAUGAGUCCAGCAGCAGUAUCCUCAAACCCCUCAUCUCCCCGGCCGCAGAACGCAUCCGAUUCAUCUUGGGAGAGGAAGAUGACAGCCCGGCACCUCCUCAGCUCUUCACGGAACUCGAUGAGCUUCUGGCUGUGGAUGGACAGGAGAUGGAAUGGAAGGAGACAGCGAGGUGGAUUAAGUUUGAAGAGAAAGUGGAGCAGGGUGGGGAGCGAUGGAGCAAACCCCAUGUGGCCACCUUGUCCCUGCACAGCCUGUUUGAGCUGAGGACAUGUAUGGAGAAAGGAUCCAUCAUGCUUGACCGGGAGGCAUCUUCUCUCCCACAGCUGGUGGAGAUGAUUGCAGACCACCAGAUCGAGACAGGCCUACUGAAGCCUGACCUGAAGGAUAAGGUCACCUAUACUCUGCUCCGGAAACAUCGACAUCAAACCAAGAAAUCCAACCUUCGGUCCCUGGCUGACAUUGGGAAGACUGUCUCCAGUGCAAGUAGGAUGUUUAGCAACCCUGAUAAUGCCCGAAGCCCGCUUGAGAACUCAGUGCCCUGCCUAGCAAAUCGCACCUUGGACGAUGACCCCCGAGUGCGGCGCACUCCCAGCGUGGGAUGGCUCAGCAGCCCAGCCAUGACCCACAGGAAUCUGACAUCCUCCAGUCUCAAUGACAUUUCUGAUAAACCAGAGAAGGAUCAGCUGAAGAAUAAAUUCAUGAAAAAACUGCCCCGAGAUGCGGAAGCUUCCAAUGUGCUUGUUGGGGAGGUUGACUUCUUGGACACUCCCUUCAUUGCCUUUGUUCGCCUACAGCAGGCUGUCAUGCUGGGUGCCCUGACUGAGGUCCCUGUGCCCACAAGGUUCUUGUUCAUUCUCUUAGGUCCAAAGGGGAAAGCCAAGUCCUACCAUGAGAUUGGAAGAGCUAUCGCCACCUUGAUGUCUGACGAGGUGUUCCACGACAUCGCUUACAAAGCGAAAGACAGACACGACCUGAUUGCUGGCAUUGAUGAGUUCUUAGAUGAAGUCAUUGUCCUUCCACCUGGGGAAUGGGACCCCACAAUCCGAAUAGAGCCUCCAAAGAGUCUCCCAUCAUCUGACAAAAGAAAGAAUAUGUACUCAGGUGGAGAGAAUGUUCAGAUGAAUGGGGACACACCUCAUGAUGGAGGCCACGGAGGAGGAGGACAUGGUGACUGUGAAGAACUACAGAGAACUGGCCGGUUCUGCGGUGGAUUAAUUAAGGACAUAAAGAGGAAAGCACCAUUUUUUGCCAGUGACUUUUAUGAUGCUUUAAACAUUCAGGCUCUCUCUGCGAUUCUCUUCAUUUAUCUGGCAACCGUAACCAACGCCAUCACUUUUGGAGGCCUGCUCGGGGAUGCCACCGACAACAUGCAGGGUGUGUUGGAGAGUUUCCUGGGCACUGCUGUCUCCGGAGCCAUCUUCUGCCUUUUUGCGGGUCAACCGCUUACCAUCUUGAGCAGCACGGGACCAGUGUUGGUGUUUGAGAGGCUUCUUUUUAACUUCAGCAAGGACCAUAAUUUUGACUACUUGGAGUUUCGUCUUUGGAUUGGCCUGUGGUCAGCCUUCAUGUGUCUUGUCCUGGUGGCCACUGAUGCGAGCUUCCUGGUUCAGUACUUCACCCGUUUCACAGAAGAAGGUUUCUCCUCUCUCAUCAGCUUCAUCUUCAUCUAUGAUGCUUUCAAGAAGAUGAUCAAGCUAGCAGAUUACUAUCCCAUCAACUCUGACUUCAAAGUGGGUUACAAUACUCACUUCUCUUGUGCUUGCCUGCCACCCGACCCAGUUAAUCUCUCAGUAUCUAAUGAUACCACACUAGCCCCAGAGGACCUGCCGACCAUUUCUUCUACUGACAUGUACCAUAAUGUCACCUUUGACUGGGCCUAUUUGUCAAAGAAGGAGUGUGUGAAGUAUGGAGGGAAGCUCGUGGGAAACAACUGUGACUUCGUGCCUGAUAUCACACUCAUGUCCUUCAUUCUCUUCCUGGGCACUUACACCUCGUCUAUGGCUAUGAAGAAAUUCAAAACCAGUCGCUAUUUUCCAACCACAGCAAGAAAACUGAUCAGUGAUUUUGCCAUUAUCCUGUCCAUUCUCAUAUUCUGUGUAAUAGAUGCCCUAGUCGGCGUGGACACUCCGAAGCUCAUUGUACCAAGUGAGUUCAAGCCAACAAGUCCUAACAGGGGUUGGUUUGUCCCGCCAUUUGGAGGAAACCCUUGGUGGGUGUGCCUUGCUGCUGCCAUCCCGGCUUUGCUAGUCACCAUCCUGAUUUUCAUGGACCAGCAGAUCACCGCUGUGAUUGUGAACAGGAAAGAGCAUAAACUCAAGAAAGGAGCUGGGUAUCACCUGGAUCUGUUUUGGGUCGCCAUCCUCAUGGUGGUAUGCUCCUUCAUGGCUCUUCCCUGGUAUGUGGCUGCUACUGUUAUCUCCAUUGCCCACAUUGACAGUCUGAAGAUGGAGACGGAGACAUCUGCGCCUGGAGAACAACCAAAAUUUCUGGGAGUAAGGGAACAACGAGUCACUGGAACCCUUGUGUUUAUUCUGACUGGCCUGUCAGUCUUCAUGGCUCCCAUCCUGAAGUUUAUCCCGAUGCCUGUGCUGUAUGGUGUGUUCCUGUAUAUGGGGGUGGCCUCACUUAACGGUGUGCAGUUCAUGGACCGUCUCAAGCUGCUGCUGAUGCCCUUGAAGCAUCAGCCCGACUUCAUCUACCUGCGCCACGUCCCCCUCCGCCGAGUCCACCUGUUCACCUUCCUGCAGGUGUUGUGCCUGGCUCUGCUCUGGAUCCUCAAGUCAACAGUGGCUGCAAUUAUUUUUCCUGUUAUGAUCCUGGCCCUGGUAGCAGUCAGAAAAGGUAUGGAUUACCUCUUCUCCCAGCACGACCUCAGCUUCCUUGAUGAUGUCAUUCCAGAAAAGGACAAGAAAAAGAAGGAGGACGAGAAGAAAAAGAAAAAGAAGAAAGGAAGUUUGGAUAGCGACAAUGACGAUGAGAAAGAUCCUCAACAUUCCUCGAACGCCACACAUCAUGCUGAUAAAAUUCCUUUCCUUGAGUCGCUGGGUUUACCCAGUCCUCCAAGAACUCCAGUGAAAGUCGUGCCUCAAAUUAGAAUCGAACGUGAGCCUGAAGACAACGAUUAUCUUUGGAGGAGCAAGGGAACAGAAACCACGUUGUAACCUGUUUGUCCUUCUCAAAACUGACACUUCUGUUGUUAACUGUUCUAAUUUUUUUUUGUCUAUGUAUUUUAAAAUCUUUUGUUUGGUCACUGGCUGAAUAAUAGUCACUCUCUCUGCUUCUCUCUUGCAUAGGUAAAAAUCAAGACAAUAGUGUCCCUUGCCUUUAAAAAAAAAAAAAAGAAGCAUUUGAGGGUCACACGCUUGUUUUCAUACAUUCAGAUGUGUCCUCCGACAUGUAAAUCCCUUUGUCACUCAAGACACACAGAAACCGCCCUUGUCAAGCAGAGAUCAAAUGUGACGAGAAUUUUUGUAUCACCUUUUAUGAAACUAUUGAAAGAACUUACAACCUAAGCUUGGAGCUUGGCUUGGUUCUGUCUGGCAGAGCAGCCCUUGACCUCCAGACAGAGUCCCUUCCUGCUUACAGAAUCCCCAAGACUGGAAAAGUGCUGCUACCAACCUGCCCUUGCUCGCCAACCCUGAUCUUAGAGUUAUCAAAAGCAGAAAACACUAAAGGUACUUCGCUCCCUGUAGAGAAACCUUUGCCAUCAUUGUAGCAAGUGCUGGAAUGUCCCUUUUCCUAUGCAACUUUUUUUAACCCUUUAAUGAACUUAUCUGUUGAGUACAUCGAAGAAUAUUUUUCUUCCUAGAUUUUGUUGUUUAAAUUAUGGGGCCUAACCUGCAACUUAUUUUUUGUCAAUUUUUUAAACUUUUUUUUAAUUACUGUAAAGAAAAUGAAUUUUUUUCCUGCAGCAGGAAACAUAGUUUUGAGUAGUUCUACCUCUUACCUGUAGCUGCCAGGCUUUCUGUAAAAAUUGUAUUGUAUAUAAUGUGAUUUUUACACACAUGCGUGCACGUGAGCACGUACACACACACACACACACACACACACACACACACACACACACACCAAUCUAGGGUAAGCCAGAAGGCUAGAACAAAUUAAAAGAAAAACAAAACACCAUGCUUCUAAGAAUCUGUUGGGUUGUUGGGUUGUUCCCCUCUCCCCUUUUUUCAAAAUAAAUGUAGCUGUUUUGUGAAGGAAUCUGGGGAGCAGAGAGAAAUGUGUGCAGGGGGAAUAACUUCUGCUGUGGUAAUGACUGUGCUGGGAACAGAUGCUGGCAUGUUACAUGUCGACAUCCUAUGCAGUAUUGUUAGGGAUUUCCUCAUUUUAAUAAUUUGUGUCUUUGUGUAAGAACUCUGUGUGUGGUUGUUGCACACCUGUGCAAAGCCAGAUAAGUGACAGUAGCCAGAGGGCAAAGCUGUCACGCUCCUUGUGUCCAUUUUCAUAAAAUCCAAAACCACUCAUAAGAACUUUGUCAGGGGCCAAGAAAUGUAUCGUGGACAUUCAGGUGAAGAUAUCUUACUACUCAGACAUCAGUCAGCAUCCCAGAUACAAGAGUCUAGAGCUACAAUACAAAAGCCAUAUGAAUAUUAUCAGCUCUGUGGUGUUACACAUCUGUAACAUGGUAUAGGAAUGCACAUAGAUCUGCAAGGAAAGUUUAAAGUGUUCAUUUACAUGCCCUCAUAGGAUAGGAUUAUUAGACCACAUGUAUGUGUGUGUAUCUGUGUGCUUCAAUAGACCGAGUUGAAAAUUAGACUUUCCUUAGCCAAAUUGAUGUGGCAUUUGAUUCCAAUAUUUUUAGUAAGCUGCGUUAUAUGCGGAUUAUAUAUUGAGAUAAUAGUUUGGAUGUGGAAUUCAUAUUUUUGGAUUUGUAUAGCAACAGUUGUGAUACACAUUCACUGGGAGAGAUUGCUGGGAGCAUUGGAGAAGCAGAAGGGAACCACCUACUAUGACUGGGUCUGUGGUUGGCUCUUACAGACUCCCACUUUCUUACAGGAACGAAAAUGUAACCCCGCUCUCCUGAAAUCUUGAUCAGAGUUGUAUUAUCCUGCUAGAUGUUACUUCCAUGGCAUUUGUUCAUCUUGAAACUUUAGAUUUUAGAGUAUUUAGGCAUGAACGACCCCAAGGGUUUUUUGUUGUUGUUAUUGAAGUCAUAGCAGCAAAUUACAUGUCAUUUGUUACCAUCUCAAAUGAUACAUUUUUACAUUGCAUUUGUUCUGAGGGUUAUCCUGAAAAUGGUUGUUGUGCAUUUUCUGGUUUUCUAUUAAACCGUGUAAGGAAUCUUACCUUUUUAGGGAUAAACACAUCAGUAAAAUGUUAAAAGCAUGCAUUGUAAAUGCAGUCCAAUCUUGAUGUUGAAUCAAAGACACUUGGUUUACUUUUAUAAAAUCUCUGGAUAUAUAUAAUAUAUAUAAAUAAUUUUUAAUUAUGAAUCAAGUCUAUAUAGGGACUCAUGACCCUCCUCUUACUUUUCAGAGAGCUCCUGGAGUUAGUCACGUCAGUCCUUGAGUAGAUCCUGAAGUUAUCUCACCCCAUGUAUGGUCCCUAGUCUGUGACUGGGGUGGAUGUUAGUAUUCAUGGACUGAACAUAGAGCCAUACCUGACAUUUGCUUGAGGAGUAGGUAACAACGAGUGUUCUCAUUACCACCUGAGUUCCCACACUAACAAGCAGAACUCCAAAUCUCCAUGGAUGCCCCGCAGUAUCUGAAUCUGGCUGAAUUUGCUCAUUGGCCGAUAACUAAGCAGAUUUCAUGGUGGUUUGUUUCUAUGCAAACUGGACACAAAUACAGCAAUGAAUUCUUUAUAAUGCCUUUCUACCCUUCCUCCCUGGAUGUGAAUUUGGAGAUAAGUGUUUCUUGAAGCAAAGACUCAGAGUUGUUGGCCAGGAGUACUGUGGUAGUGCAAACUGGCUGGGAGAGAGAUGUGCAGGCUGAGCCUGCUUGUCGAAGCAUCAAGGCCUCCAGUUUGCCGAGAUGCUGAGAUGCUGGUCCUGUCCUACUGUGUGCAGAAACUACUAAUGGUUUUGUAUAUCAGAGGCGGUAUUGUUUCAGCCUCUCCUGAUAAAGCCGUGGGGUGGGGCUGGGAAGUACUCUUUUGAGAAGACACAAACCAGACCUUCCUUCUUGUCCCCCACCUAAGAGAAAGGGCUGUCUGUUGUCAGUAAUCUGGCUUAUGUGCAUUUUGGGCACAUGUAACAACACACACAGAGUAAAUCCUUUGUCAGUCACGUGUUGCUGUUUAAUAUAGCAAAUGAUUGUCUUCCAUGUUUUUGUUUCUUUUAUUUUAACUGUGUUGAAGUACUUGAAAUGUAUUGACUGCUGAGAAUCUUUAAAAAAAAAAAACAUUUGAGUUAUACUACAGAGGUUGGCAUUGAUCAGGAAUGGGACAAAGUUUUCUUCAAUCUUCUUUUUUUUUCCAUACCACUUCACGAUUUUGGUGCAAGGACCUGAGAUUUUCUUCUUUAUAUUCUGUGAUGUUUCCCAUCUGCUCUCACAGCAGGAGCAUGAAGCCCAGUUGGUACAAAGCGACUGGAGACAGAAGACAGCCCUUGGGGAGUCUUCAGAUGAGUUUAUAUAGCUUCCUGGUAGCCUGACAUGAAUACCCUUUUGUAACAUAGGUGGAUGUGGCAGGCUGGGUUUGACUAGAGAGUUGGAUCUAUCUUAGUCCUGGCUCAUUUCACUGUGCUCUGCGGAUACACACAAGAAUCCUGAAUUCUGUUUCCUAGGCAAAUACUGCAACUCAGGGCUAAAGUCACCCAGUGAAUCCUUAGAGCCUGAAGUAACUUUGUCCCAGGCCUACAAUGCGUAUCAACUGCAGACUCGCCUCCGUGCAGCCAAGUUCAUGGCUGGUACAUAGCCGUACACAUUAUGUUUCACAAUCAGUACGCACUUUCAGGUAGUCUUAUUUUUAUUCUCUUAAGUCUUUAUUAACUUUGGAGAAAUGAUGCAUCUUUUUAUUUUAAAUGAAGUAGAUCAACAUGGUGGAACAAAAUGAUAAAGAACAGAAAACAUUUCAAUAUAUUACUAAUAAUGUUUUUCCAAUAUGAAACCUAAAAUUCCUAUAACAUAGUAUUUUACAGUUUUAUGAAGCUUUCUAUUGUGACUUUUAUGGAAUUAAGAGAUGAAGAAGAUGAGAUAUUUUAGCAUUUAUAUUUUUCAAAAUUAAAUGUAUACUUAAAAUAAAGUAACUUUAUGCAUUUA